ACAGCUUCGCGAACAGCAACUGAAGAAUGAGGCCAUCGCUGCAUCCAGGGACCACUUCAAGCGCAAGGUGGAAGACCUCUGCAGCCGCCUGGGUGGAACGAGUGGAACGAGAGCUGGAACGGCCCAAACUCAACCAACUACCUCUGCUGGAACACCCCAAGGCCCAGAUCUUGUCUCGGCGCUGCGACAGGUACAGGAAGAUCUGGCGAAAUUGGCUGAUUCCUGGACUGAGACGCCAAAGAGAACGCCGGCUUCGGCAAGGUCAACGCAGGCCACACCUGAGUCAACGCAGAAACUUAUUGCAAUGCGAGGUCACGCAGCGCAGGACCCCGUCCGGCAAGAGCAACACUUGGCCUGGCUAUGUAGCCAGCGCCAUGAGCUGCUGGAGAGUGGACUUUAUGGGAGCGGAGAUCCUGUUCUGCAGGCACUAGAGCUGAAGAUUGCUCAGGCUGAGGCUCAGCUGAGGGCCGUGAAAGGUGCUGAGCGGAGGUAAACAUCUCCUGCGGUAUCCAUGUAGCUAAUAUAUUGCCUAACAUUUUAG